AAGCUAAGAACACUAUAAACAAAUCACUGAAUCAUUUUUAAUGUGCAGCAGAUGCUCAUAACUCACAGUAAAAACUUCUGAAGCCAACCAAUGAUAGCAAAUACGCUACAUAUGAAUAAGUUAUAGAUCAAUGAACAGAUCAAAUAAAUAUAUUCACUAUUCAUUGAGCCACUACAGAUAACCUCAUUCAUUAAUAAGAUUUGUGACAAAAUGAGUAAUCACAUUUUAAUUAUGCUGGUGUUUUAGCUAUGAAACCCAGAUGUCAGCUGUACAAAGUAUCAUAGUAUGUUGUCAUGUUCUUUUCAGUCCAUUUCAGAGUGAAAUAUUGAACCAUUUACUACACUACAUUCAUCUGACAGGAUGUAAGUACUUCUACUUCACCUGGUACUACGUACAUUGAAUACAAAGACAACUGAAGUAGAAAUAUGACUCAUGAUAACAACGUGAUCAUGGGAACUAAACACUGCUUCGAGAUUGGUAUGAGAGCCACACCUGCUUACGGACAAAUCUGCACCUGAACUUCCUCGUCUGUCAAGCUCAGAAAAACAUUUGCCAUUUUCUCCGGGCAAGUUUUCUUUCAGUUGGCAAUAUGUCUCAUGCUCUCGGCUUCCUAAUUCUCCAGUUUGCAUUUUCAAGAGCAGAUGCUCUCUAUGGUCACGUUUUGAUGCGUUGCCAAUUUAGUUCCCAUGAUGGUCACGACACUGUGUUACUGGAGCAGUACUACCUCAACAAGAUGCUAAUGUUCCAGUACAACAGCACUUUGGGAAAACUGAUCGGCUACACAAAGGAAGCAAUAGAAUAUGCAGAUUUCCUCAAUGGAAUACCAAGUUUUGUGAAUAAAGAGAAAUGGAAAGCAGACAUUUGCAAAAGAAACGUCCCACUGGUUUAUAAUAGCCUUCUGACCCCAGUCGAGCCCUCCGUCAGGCUGAGGUCAGUUGAGGCAGUGGGCAGCAAACAUCCAGGGAUGCUCGUCUGCAGUGUGUACGACUUUUAUCCCAAACAAAUUUGGGUGACUUGGCUGAGGAACGGAAAGAAGGUGACAUCUGAUGUGACGUCCACUGAUGAACUGCCCAAUGGGAAUUGGCUCUACCAGAUGCACUCCUAUCUGGAGUUUACACCCAGACCAGGAGAGAAAAUCACCUGUAUGGUGGAGCACGCCAGCCUCAUGGAGCCCAAACUUUAUGACUGGGAGCCCAUGCCUGAAUCCAGGAUGAAUAAAAUCGCUGUUGGGACGGCAGGGCUGCUGUUGUGUCUGGUCUUUGUAGUUGCUGGGCUGAUUUACUACAAGAUAAAAUCUACUGUGCGGGUUUUGGUGCCAACCACUGAGGGUUUAUGUCAAGAGCACACACUUUAAAUAGGAAAAGCCUGUUGGGAAUCAUUCAGAAUACUAUACUGACCAAAUCCAAUAGAUCAAUCGUUUAUAUGUGCCAAUUUCUUUCAAUAAAUGACUCAUUCUUUUCUUUUUCUGCAACAUAAAUGUUUUAAACUAUAUAUGUUCAUCAUAUGGCUACAAUAGAUGAGUCUAACAGCUCAAAGUAGUGUAGAACGAUAAAUACCAGAUCUCAGUAACAGCUUAGAGCACUGUGGUUUCCUUUUGUAGGCUACUUCUCUACAAUGUUGUGGCCUAAGUUGA